CAAAACGUAAAAUCACCCUGUUGUCGUCACCCACACCCACAGUAAUAACAGAUGAUGUAUUUAACCGCAGUCGAUAAUCAUAAACUUUUCGAUUGUCCUUUCCAUAACUACUCCGUUGUUUUGUUUUACGAAUGAAAUCAUUUAAGAUUAAGUUACUCCUGGGGUGCUUCACUACCGGCCUACUAACAUUUUCUUACGCUAUUGAUAUGAAACCAACGUUUCGGGACGAAAAUUAUAAAAAAAUUGCAUUUUCUGCAUCCAUAGGUGGCGCACCACAUAUCAACUGGGUACUUUCUAUCUGUAACGAGCUUGGCUUACGUGGGCAUAAUUUAUCUUUUCUUACAACAUCAGAAGAAAUCAAAUUUGGCCAGUCUUAUGAAAAUGUGAAGACAUACGAGAUCGGUCCAAGUGUAUUACCUGAUGAUCGUGCUCAAUUUUUAAGAGAUAUGAGUGGCGGUGAAGAUGCAUUAGCAUUUUUUCCUAAGGUAAUUGACAUGGCGACAAAGAAUUAUGAAAAAGAAUACCUUGCACUGCUAAACUACUUUAAAACAAAUGAAAUUGACCUUGCCUUGUGUGACAUUCUAAUGAAUGUGUGUGUGGAUGCAGCAACAACGUUAAAUAUACCGUACAUUAUAACGGCUGCUAUGGACUUCACAACAGAAUCAUCUGCAUCAUAUGUUAACAAUGAUUUUAACUACAGUGGGGAUUUUUCCACCGAGUCCCAAACCUUUUUGGAACGCCUCAAGCAGAAAUUUAUAGCUCCUUAUAUCGGCUUGUACCAUUUCUGGCCUCAUCUUCAAUCUAUAUCUGCUAGAAGAAGAGCUCUCGGUAUCGACGUAAAAUUAGAAGCACCGAGUGAUACAUGGAAGGAUUCAUUGAAGUUGGUCAAUUGUCUAUUUGGAUUUAUCCCAGCCAGACCUAUUGGCCCCAUGGCAGAAUAUGUCGGCCCCAUAAUUCCCCGGCAUUAUAAACCUUUGUCAGGCCAGCUUGCAGAGUAUAUGAAUGGCCAUAAACGUAUGGCGUAUGUUGCAUUUGGACAAGCUGCAGUGCCUUCUACAGAAAAUAUCAGGCUUGUUUUGACGAGUCUUUUAGAAAGUAUUGAAGUUGGAACUUUUGACGGAUUUUUGUGGUCUACAGUUUAUUCUGCAGGUUUCUUCCCGGAAUCAAUCACGACGGCUUCCAAUACUUCGUAUAAUGUGAAAGACAUGUUUGAUUUCUUAAAUCCUCAUGCUCGUUUGAUGCAAUGGACCCCUCAAAUUGCUGUACUUUUACACCCAUCCACAGCUAUAUUUAUUUCUCAUGGAGGUUUAGGUUCUUGGUAUGAAUCCAUGUAUGCUGCUAAACCUAUGAUUGUGUUUCCAUUCUUCGGUGAUCAACUGGGUAAUGCAUUUUCCAUUGAACGUGACGGACUAGGUGGAUAUAUGAGAGCCGAUGCAACUGUUGAAGAAGCUACAAGAUUACUAAAAAAGGUUGCAGCCGAUAUACGUAUUAAAGCCAACGUUAAGCGUACACAAGCACUUGUCCAAAUUCAUUCCGAGCAUGGGAUUAUCCGCGGCGCUGAUAUAAUCGAAGAAGUUGCUUAUACCCAUCAAGAUGGCAAGCUUCCUCAUCGAUUCACUGCUGAUCGUCGUAUGUCCUAUUGGAAGGCAUCCAAUAUGGAUUUAUAUGUCGUGGUAUUCUUAUUAUUGGCUGCGGGUCUGUCUUUGUCUAUAUAUGCCGGCUAUAAGAUAAGUAGUGCCUUAAUUGGAAUAUUUAAAAUAAUCAUCAAAAAGCAAAAACUCAAGUCUCUUUGA